AUGGGGCUGAUGGCGCUGAAGCGGCUCAUGUGCAUGAAGCCGGAGCAGAUGCGGAAACAUGGCCGUAGCCAAUCCCACGAUGGACUUGUUUCUUCAUUGGCUAGAAGAAACAGCAAACCUUCCGUUGAUCUAAAAACCAGCGAAGCCUCCGAAAAGGAUGACAAUUCUCAUUGUGGCAAAAGACCAAGUUACCUGGGUCCAGACCUUCCAGAGGAAAUCUGGCACCAUAUACAUUCUCUAGUGCCAAUGCGAGAUGAUGCCAGGGCUGCCUGUGUGUCUCGUGCCUUUCAUCACUCCUGGAGAUGCCAUCUUAAUCUCACCUUCACCAAGGAAACAAUGUGUUCAAAGAAAAGUUUAUUCGAGGGAACAGAGGACUCAAAUGAUAGAAGAAAUAGAAGAGAGUACAACAACAAUAUUGACCAUAUUCUGACGAACCAUAGAGGCGUUGGUGUGAAGACGUUCAUACUUGAAUUCCAUGGUCCUUACAAUACCAAAUCCUACAAUCGUCUCAAUAGUUGGCUUCAGAUUGCUAUUACACCAGUGAUGGAAGAACUUACCCUUAUACUGUUGUCGGAGAAGGCAAAAUACGAGUUCCCUUGCUCACUUUUAUCUGAAAAAGGUGGAAACACUAUACGGCAUCUCCACCUUGACAAUUGUGUAUUGCGUCCCACAGUUGCCCUUAAUUUGAGAUGCCUGACAGAGCUGUAUCUGUAUCAAGUGCGUAUUACGGGGGAUGAGUUAGGCUGCCUUCUUUCCAAUUCAUUUGCUCUGGAGAAAUUGACACUCAUAUAUUGUUAUGAUAUAAUUCGCCUUGAGAUACCUUGCCUGCUGCAGCGGCUAAGCUACAUGGAGGUGUUUGAUUGCUUGAGACUUCAAGUUAUAGAGAACAAAGCUCCAAAUAUCUCCAGCUUUCAGUUUGCAGGUAAUGAAGUACAACUCUCACUUGAAAAAUCAUUGCAAGUGAAGUCCCUUAAGUUGGACCAUAGGUGUGUCAUCAGUUAUGCUAUUGACAAGCUUCCAUCCAGUGUGCCAAAUCUGGAGAGACUCAACAUAAUAUCUCCUCGUGAGAUGGUCAACGCACCGAUGGUACCUAGCAAAUUUCUCCACCUCAAGUCCUUGAGUAUUACUAUUCGUGGGUGGUGGAGCCUCAACAGGGAAUAUGACUUUGAUUUCUUUCCUGGAUGCUUCUCCUUCCUUGGAGACUUUUGUCUUGUCUGUAUCAGUGGAGAAGAAGUAUGA